AUGAGAUUCUUACGGAGAAACGGAUACAGUUUGAUAGAUAACAGUGUUGAAGUGGCAUUUGAUAAUAGUUCAACUCGUUCUAAUUUUAAUCCUGAAGGUACAACAGUAAUAGGAACAAUCUUUUUACUUUUAAACGCGACAUUGGGAGCCGGAUUGCUGAAUUUUCCCUUGGCAUUUGAUCGUUCUGGUGGAGUGAUAUCAGCAAUAAUAGUUCAAUUAUCAUUUUUAAUAUUCAUCACCAUUGCGCUAGUGACCCUCGCAAACUGCAGUGACAUAACAAAAACGUCCUCUAUGCCAGACACUGUUGCUGGACUCUGUGGACCUAAAACCUUGAUAUUGUGUGGGAUCUGUGUCACUAUUUACAGCUUCGGAUGUUGUCUUACAUUUAUAAUUGUCAUUGGCGACCAAUUUGAGCGUGUUUUAGCAACUUACUACGGAACGGAUUACUGUCACCACUGGUUUUUAUCCCGGACAUUCAUCACAUGUGUCAGCUGCACACUUUUUAUUCUGCCGAUAAGUUUUUUCAAGCGAUUGGAUAUUCUGAGCUACGUGAGCUCCGUAGGAUGCAUCACUAUUGUCUACGUAAUAUGGGUAAUUAUUCAUCAGAGUAUCAACACGCCGGAUUAUCCAAAACCAACACAAGCAUGGCCUCGAAACGCUUCUCAGGCGUUUCAAUUGGUCCCAAUUAUUUGUUUCGCUUACCAGACCUUCGGCAUGGGCCAUGUACCCAGUGACAUUCUGCAAGGCUACAGUGACAAGAGUGCAAGCCUCGCGAUAGCGAUAAUUGCAAUUGCUGUAAAAAAUUUUACGACCUACCCGAUUGUACUUUUUUGUGGACGGAGUUCGCUAAUGGGUUUGUUCCACGCUGAAAUUGAAGAUAACGUUGCAGUGAGAGCUUUUGUGACUCUUUUGUGGUUUAUCCUGACGUUAUUUGCUGCUGUCGUAAUUUCCGACAUAUCGCCUGUUAUCAAUCUUAUGGGAACACUCUCAGCAACAUUUAUAUUUAUUUUUCCGGGGAUUUGCUUACUGCAAAGUGUCCUGGUUAAAGAUCCUGCUUUUCGUUUAUACAAAAGCCGCUUUCUUAUCGUCGUAGCUGUUGUUAUGACCGCUCUAGGCGGUUUUGUAUGUGGCUUAGUGUUUGUUCAAGCACUUGAAGACUUAUAUCAAGUUCCUGUUGAUAAAAAGUUUGUUACAGGAGUCAGGAUUGGUCUUGGUGGUAGUUUAUGCAUUUAA